AUGCUUGCGGAGGGGGGCCUCCAGGGGCCCCAUCCAGCGAACCUACAGCAGCAGCAGCAGCAGCAGCAGCAACUGCAGCAGCAACUGCAGCAGCAACAGCAGCUGCUGCAGCAGCAGCUGCAGCACCAGCUCAUGCUGCAGCGACAGGCACAAACCUCAGGCGCAAGCGAACCCUCACAGCCCCCCCAGAUGCUGUCUUCUGAUAUCACUGCAGACAGCAGCAGCAGCAGCAGCAGCAGCAGCAAGCGCUACAGCAGCGGCGCCGAUGCCGCUCUUUACGACAGCAGCAGCAGCAGCAGCAGCAGCAGCAGCAGCAGCAGCAGCAAGCGCUGCAGCAGCGGCGCCGAUGCCGCUCCAUACGGUGCUGCUGCCUCUACAGCAGCUGAUGCUGCUGCCCCCCGCAGCAGCAGCAGCAGCAGCAGCAGCAGCAGCAGCAACAUAGUUGCUCUAGGAGCUGCAAUGCUGCAGCGGCUGCAGGCAGACAGCGACGCAGCAGCUCGCGGCGCUCGGCGUAGGGCUGAGGAAUUUGCAACAUUCAUUGACGAGCAGAUCGCGGAGUUAGAGCAGCUGGCAACAGAAAGCGCCAGACUUCAGGCGGAGGUAGAAGAGCUCAACGCGAUAUUUAUGUGUGUACAGAGACGGAGCGAAACCUGCAGGAAGUGCAGGUGCUAUUGGAGGAGGACAAGGCUGUUGACGCCGAGCUGGAGAGGGUUGCAGCAGCAAAGAAGAAAGUAG